UUAAAGUCUAUCAGUAUCUAUCAACACCUUUAUAUAUAUUAGGACUAUACUGGCAUGUAUUUUCAUAUUAAGAAGAAUAAAAUGAAAUUCGAAAAAGAAACAUAUACGACUGACAGAACAUUUUCGCCUUUCGACAAUUGCACAUGAAUAUUUUGUAAUUUUUUUAAUUAAUUUUUGUAUAAAUUUACAAGUAAAAAUUUAUCUAUAAAAUAAAAUAAAAGUAAAUAAAAAUCUGUAAAAUAUUAAAAGCUUAACUCUUCCCUUGUGUGAUUCCUUAAAACCCACUUCGUCAAAAUGUGUUCACCAUGUGGUCCAAUGAUAUGUUACAAGUACGAAGAUUGUGGUCCUCCAAAAGGCCGAUCAAGUGAUGCAACACCUCAAGAGGAGAGUAGCGAUGAAAAAAAGAAUGAAAAGGAAAACCAGCUCAAACGAACAAAAAGCCGCGAACUCCGCGGUGGGAUAAUGUAUUACAGCUGUCAUUGUAUUAAACGUAACGGGCUACAACAUGAUUGUAGACGAACUGGUUGUGGCGGUGAGCCAUCAUGUCUAGUUCUUCCCGAUCCUUUAUGUGCCCCUAGUCAGUUAGCUCGCGCAAGAGGUCUGGCAGACCCCGCACCGUUGGCAGCACAUUACCGAGCGCAAGGUGGUGGAGCUGGCCCUUCUAAUGACUCUAGUGGAGCUGCCGGUGGCGGAAAACGAUUCAUUGUUUGUGAAUUGAAAGGCAUAGUUCCGGACUCACAAGCCGAUAAAACGACUAAGUGCUGUUGUUCUACAAAAGGAAGCGCGAUGCAAAGUGGCAAUCCAGAGACUGCGGCAGGCUUGCCGGUCUUAGUAAUGAAGUUGUGUUAAAAUUUAUGUAACGUGAAGAGUAAA